CAGGAUUACUACAGCGGCGGCUACUACCAGGAGAUGGAACCAGCCCAGGCAGCGCCGCAGGAGAUGAGCACUGACUCCUCCUUCAUAGACGAUGAAGCGUUCAAGCGUCUGCAAGGCAAGCGGAACCGAGGGAGGGAAGAGAUCAACUUUGUGGAUAUUAAAGGUGAUGAUCAGCUGAGUGGAGCCCAGCAGUGGCUGACCAAAUCCCUGACAGAGGAGAAGACCAUGAAAUCCUUCAGCAAGAAAAAAGGAGAUCAGCCCACGGGACAGCAGAGGAGGAAACACCAGAUCACGUACCUGAUCCAUCAGGCGAAGGAAAGAGAACUGGAACUGAAAAACACGUGGUCUGAAAACAAGCUCAGCCGACGGCAGACUCAAGCCAAAUACGGAUUCUAACACCUCUGUCCCGCUUUUUGGCCGUUGUCCCAGGUGACCUACUGUGUCGGACUUCUCUUGGCCUGCUGGAGAUCACCCAGGCCCCGCGUCGAACGUGGUCUGCUCGGCGGGUGAGAGAACGCUGCGCUCCCCUGCCUGCCAGGAGAAAGGUUUAAUGCGAGCUGGUCCUGAAACUCCACCUGUAAUCUUCCCCCUCCCUCAUAAACGAUCAUGUGGAAGGUUCAAAUCAAGUUUUCCAAUGAGCGCUGACGGUCCCGUGGCAGCCGCAGGGAACGUGCCAGGUGCAAGGCUCAGAGCUUUUGUCCUGUAGGUAACAGGGGUUGCUCCUCCUCCUCCAACGUAACCUCGCCACUGGAACCUUAGGCUGAGUCUCAAUAAACUUCCAGUUCCCACUUU